AUGGCGGGCUAUUGCCACGAGACUGCAGAUAUAUCCCGUCUCGCAACAAGCCCUCUCGUGGAGGUGCUGGUGUACCAUGGCUAUAACCGGGUUUGCGGCUGCUGGGCCUGGCAAAAGCUGCACGCCAUCACAUUCACAUACAUGAUUCCAGGACAAACUUGGUUAAGUCGUGCUUUAAACACACAUGCGCACUCCCUUCCCCUCAGUCCUCGUCUGUCCCCAUACCCUCCUCCAUCCUAUCCCUUCCCUCCUGUAUCACCGUCCCGUUACGAGCCCUGCAUUAGCUAUACUAGACGUUAUAUUAAUCUUUAUAAUAUCUACUUCUAUAAGUUUACUUUAGUUAUCUUAACUCUUAGUUAUAGUUAUAAAGUUAAGAGGCUAAAUAAAUAUAUAGUAGAUACUAUUAUUAAGGUAGUUACUGUCCUUAUAGUCUUUAAAUAG